AUGAGGAGCCAGGGGCAGGCCUCUGGCCUCUUGCCCAGCUGGCCAGCAGCAGGAACCUACGUGGCCUCUAGCACAUCUGACUUGUGGUCCUCUCCCCCAGGAGGCUUUGUGACAGUCUUUGGCAUCUGUAUUCCCUUCCUCUUGAAGUUUGCAGUGUUCCCGUACCCAACACAGUGUCUGUGGAACGAGAGGCCCCCUUUGAUGCCCACCAGCCCCUUCCUUUUCUGCUCACCUGAACAGUUUAUGCUCUGGAGUCUGGACUCAGGGCAAGGAGCAGUGCCAGCAUCCUGCAGGGUAGGGGGUGUGGUGAACUGGGACUGUAGCAGUGUUCCCGUACCCAACACAGUGUCUGUGGAACGAGAGGCCCCCUUUGAUGCCCACCAGCCCCUUCCUUUUCUGCUCACCUGUGGCCCUCCCCCGGGCGGCGGUGCCCCCUGGCACCUUCGAAAUGUCCUCAGCGACUCCGUGGAGAGCUCAGAUGAUGAAUUCUUUGAUGCCAGAGAGGAGAUGGCUGAAGGGAAGAAUGCCAUCCUCAUUGGGAUGAGCCAGUGGAACUCCAAUGACCUUGUGGAGCAGAUCGAGACCAUGGGGAAACUGGACGAGCAUCAAGGAGAAGGGACCGCGCCGUGCACAUCCAGCAUCCUCCAGGAGAAGCAGCGAGAACUGUACCGGGUUUCCUUGAGAAGACAGAGGUUCCCGGCCCAGGGAAGCAUCGAGAUCCACGAAGACAGCGAGGAAGGCUGCCCGCAGCGCUCCUGCAAGACGCAUGUCCUCCUGCUGGUCCUGCACGGGGGAAACAUCCUGGACACGGGCGCCGGGGACCCGUCCUGCAAGGCAGCCGACAUCCACACCUUCAGCUCCGUGCUGGAGAAGGUCACACGAGCCCACUUCCCUGCUGCCCUGGGCCACAUCCUCAUCAAGUUCGUCCCCUGUCCUGCCAUCUGCUCUGAGGCUUUCUCGCUCGUCUCUCACCUGAACCCCUACAGCCAUGAUGAGGGCUGCCUCAGCAGCAGCCAGGACCACGUCCCUCUGGCCGCCCUUCCCCUGUUGGCCAUCUCCUCCCCGCAGUACCAGGACGCUGUCGCCACCGUCAUCGAGCGAGCCAACCAGGUCUACAGAGAGUUCCUGAAGUCCUCCGAUGGGAUCGGCUUCAGUGGGCAGGUAUGUCUCAUCGGGGACUGUGUGGGGGGCCUCCUGGCCUUCGAUGCCAUCUGCUACAGUGCGGGGCCCUCAGGGGACAGCCCUGCCAGCAGCAGCCGGAAGGGGAGCAUCAGCAGCACCCAGGACACCCCAGUUGCGGUGGAGGAAGAUUGCAGUCUGGCCAGCAGCAAGCGUCUCAGCAAAAGCAACAUUGACAUCUCCAGUGGGUUGGAGGAUGAGGAGCCCAAGAGGCCGUUGCCACGGAAACAGAGCGACUCCUCCACCUAUGACUGCGAGGCCAUCACCCAGCAUCAUGCCUUCCUCUCAAGCAUCCACUCCAGCGUGCUAAAGGAUGAGUCUGAGACCCCGGCGGCGGCGGGGCCGCAGCUCCCCGAGGUCAGCCUGGGCCGCUUUGACUUCGAUGUGUCCGACUUCUUCCUCUUUGGCUCGCCACUGGGCCUGGUCCUGGCCAUGCGGAGGACGGUGCUGCCUGGGCUGGACGGCUUCCAGGUGCGUCCUGCCUGCAGCCAGGUCUACAGCUUCUUCCAUUGCGCCGACCCCUCUGCCUCACGGCUUGAGCCACUGCUGGAGCCUAAGUUCCACCUGGUGCCGCCUGUCAGCGUGCCUCGCUACCAGAGGUUCCCACUGGGCGAUGGGCAGUCCCUCCUCCUCGCUGAUGCCCUACACACGCACAGCCCCCUCUUCCUGGAGGGCGGCUCCCGGGACAGCCCGCCACUUCCGGACGCCCCUGCCUCACCCCGCCAGGCCUUGAGGUUCCGGCGCCCAGGACGGAGGAUGAGCGAGGGAAGCUCCCACAGCGAAAGCUCGGAGUCCUCGGACAGUAUGGCACCCGUGGGAGCCUCCCGCAUCACAGCCAAGUGGUGGGGGAGCAAGAGGAUCGACUACGCCCUGUACUGCCCUGAUGUCCUCACGGCCUUCCCCACCGUGGCCCUGCCCCACCUCUUCCACGCCAGCUACUGGGAGUCCACGGACGUGGUGGCCUUCAUCCUGAGACAGGUGAUGCGCUACGAGAGCGUGAACAUCAAGGAGAGCGCCCGCCUGGACCCCGCAGCGCUGAGCCCCGCCAACCCUCGGGAGAAGUGGCUUCGUAAGCGGACUCAGGUCAAGCUGAGGAAUGUCACGGCUAAUCACCGGGCCAACGAUGUGAUCGCUGCUGAAGAUGGCCCCCAGGUCCUGGUGGGGCGGUUCAUGUACGGUCCCCUCGACAUGGUGGCUCUGACUGGAGAGAAGGUGGACAUCCUGGUAAUGGCCGAGCCGUCCUCAGGCCGCUGGGUACACCUGGACACAGAGAUCACCAACAGUAGCGGUCGAAUCACAUACAACGUGCCGCGGCCCCGGCGCCUGGGGGUCGGCGUCUAUCCUGUGAAGAUGGUCGUCAGGGGCGACCAGACCUGUGCCAUGAGCUACCUCACGGUGUUGCCCCGGGGCAUGGAGUGCGUCGUGUUCAGCAUUGAUGGGUCCUUUGCGGCCAGCGUGUCUAUCAUGGGAAGCGACCCCAAGGUCCGGCCGGGUGCAGUGGACGUUGUCCGGCACUGGCAGGACCUGGGCUACAUGAUCCUUUACAUCACGGGGCGGCCGGACAUGCAGAAGCAGCGGGUGGUGUCGUGGCUGUCCCAGCACAACUUCCCACAGGGCAUGAUCUUCUUCUCGGACGGGCUGGUGCACGACCCGCUGCGGCAGAAGGCCAUCUUCCUGCGCAACCUCAUGCAGGAGUGCUUCAUCAAAAUCAGUGCGGCCUACGGCUCCACAAAGGACAUCUCUGUGUACAGCGUGCUGGGCCUGCCUGCCUCCCAGAUCUUCAUCGUGGGCAGGUCCACCAAGAAGUACCAAACCCAGUGCCAGGAUUGCUUGAGCCCAGGGUUCAAGGCCAGUCCUGGCAACAGGGCAAGAUGCUGUGUAGAGAUGCAUGGUUGUUCAAAGCGGGAUGGGGACUCUGGAACACUAAAGAGCUCCCGGCUUCCCCGGGCUUCCUCGGAGAAGCUGGAGGUGUCUCCAUAG